AGUGAAGGGAGACGUGAGAGUUAAUAACCAUCAUUCAAACGGGCGGGAGUUCUCUGCAGGUAGCAGACAGGAAAAGCAAACUCGUGCACCCUCUUUGGGGACAGGCUCUGUUGCUUUCUCUUUCUUCGCUUGCAGUCGGUGCACAUUUACUUGAAACAGACUGUAUUUCCUGCUUCGUGGCUUAUCAGGUUGACUCUUAAGACUAGUAACUAUUUCUUUCCUUAAUGUCUCUAAUGCCUUUUAAAAUUUAUUAUUUAUUAUUAUUUUUUUGAGAUUGAUUAAGGACUAAAUCUGUUGAAAUUCUGGCUGGGUAAGUGGGGGAUUAUCAGAAAUGAGAAAAGGGGGAGGAACGGGACUUGGAAGCGGGAGAGCUAAGCAGCAGCCCCAGGCCCCCGUACCCUCCGCCCCCGCUACCCCUGGCCCGCGACCUCCCGCGGAGACCCCAGGCGGCUGCAUCAAUAUUUGAUCGGGUCUUCGCCGGCUGAUUGCCAUCACUCGCCGGCGGGGCUUGCCAGGCAUCACCCGCGCUGCGCUGAAGCCGGCGCCCAGGCCCGCCGGGGGGCUUUGCAAGGACCCGCUCUGCGCUCGCUCGCUCGCCAGGGAGGCUCUGCUUGGUAGCAGGGGCGCGGCGCCCACCAUGCGGAGCUGCCCGCGGCUCGCGCUGCUUUGCGCGCUGCUACCCUGGCUCCUGCGGGCGGCGGCACCCCCGCGACCCGCGCAACCCCUCCCACGCCGCGACCCCCGCGACCCCGCCAGGGGCGCCGAUUUUGAUCGCGUCUACAGCGGGGUGGUGAGCCUCAGCACCGAGAACAUCUACUCCUUCAACUACACCAGCCAGCCUGGCCAGGUGAACGCUGUACGGGUCUAUGUGAAUAGUUCCUCAGAGAACCUCGACUACCCAGUUCUCGUCGUGGUUCGCCAGCAGAAAGGGGUGCUAUCCUGGCAGGUUCCUCUGCUCUUCCAAGGACUAUACCAGAGGACCUACAACUACCAGGAAGUCAGCCGUACUUUGUGUCCCUCAGAAGCAACCAAUGAAACAGGACCUCUGGAACAACUGGUAUUUGUAGAUGUUGCCUCCAUGGCUCCCCUGGGCGCUCAAUACAAACUGCUGGUCACCAAGAUCAAGCAUUUCCAGCUACAGACAAAUGUUGCCUUUCACUUCACUGCCAGCCCCUCUCAACCUCAGUAUUUUCUAUACAAAUUUCCUGAUGAUGUGGACUCGGUUAUCAUUAAAGUCCAGUCCGAAAUGGCUUAUCCGUGUUCUGUUGUCUCAGUCCAGAAUAUCAUGUGCCCAGUGUAUGAUCUCGACCACAAUGUGGAAUUUAAUGGUGUGUAUCAGUCCAUGACCAAGAAAGCUGCCAUCACCCUGCAGAAGAAGGAUUUUCCAGGCGAGCAGUUCUUCGUGGUAUUUGUGAUAAAGCCUGAAGAUUACGCCUGUGGAGGAUCUUUCUUUAUCCAGGGAAAGGAGAACCAAACCUGGAAUCUACAACGAACAAAGAACCUUAAAGUGACCAUUGUUCCUUCCAUUAAAGGAUCUGUUUAUGUGAAAUCCAUCCUUCUCAGUUCCCUCAUCUUCUUCUCCUUCUACCUGGGAUGCCUGCUCAUUGCAUUUGUUCAUUAUAUCAGGUUUCAAAGAAAAUCCAUUGAUGGAAGCUUUGGUUCCAGUGAUGGCUCUGAAAACAUGGUGGCGUCCCAUCCCAUUGCUGCCGGCACCCCUGAAGGAAGCAAUUAUGGGGCCAUAGAGGAGUCAAGCUCCAGUCCUGGCAGGCAGAUGUCCUCCUCCGAUGGCGGGCAGACGUGCCAGUCAGACACAGACAGCUCUGUGGAGGAGAGUGACUUCGACACCAUGCCAGACAUUGAGAGUGACAAGAAUGUUAUUCGGACCAAGAUGUUCCUUUACCUGUCAGAUCUGUCCAGGAAGGACCGGAGAAUUGUCAGCAAAAAAUAUAAGAUUUAUUUUUGGAACAUCAUCACCAUUGCUGUGUUUUAUGCGCUGCCUGUGAUCCAGCUGGUCAUCACCUACCAGACAGUGGCGAAUGUCACUGGCAAUCAGGACAUCUGCUACUACAACUUCCUCUGUGCUCACCCCCUGGGCGUCCUGAGUGCCUUCAACAACAUUCUCAGUAACCUGGGCCAUGUGCUCCUGGGCUUCCUCUUCUUGCUGAUAGUCUUGCGCAGGGACAUUCUCCAUCGCAGAGCCCUGGAAGCCAAGGACAUCUUUGCCAUGGAAUAUGGGAUUCCUAAACACUUUGGUGUUUUCUAUGCAAUGGGUAUUGCAUUGAUGAUGGAAGGAGUGCUCAGUGCUUGUUACCACGUCUGCCCUAAUUACUCCAACUUCCAAUUCGACACCUCCUUCAUGUACAUGAUUGCCGGCCUCUGCAUGCUGAAGCUCUACCAGACCCGCCACCCAGACAUCAAUGCCAGCGCCUACGCCGCCUACGCCUCCUUCGCGGCGGUCAUCACGCUCACUGUCCUCGGAGUGGUGUUUGGAAAAAAUGACCUGUGGUUCUGGGUCAUCUUCUCUGCAAUCCAUAUCCUGGUGUCCCUGGCCCUCAGCACCCAGAUCUACUACAUGGGUCGUUUCAAGAUAGACGGGUCUGAUACAGACUUGGGGAUUUUCCGACGGGCCGCGAUGGUGUUCUACACGGACUUUGUCCACCAGUGUAGCCGGCCGCUGUACAUGGACAGAAUGGUGUUGCUCAUCGUGGGGAAUCUGGUGAACUGGUCCUUCGCGCUCUUUGGACUGGUCUAUCGACCCAGGGACUUCGCUUCCUACAUGCUGGGGAUCUUCAUCUGUAACCUGCUGCUCUACCUGGCCUUUUACAUCAUCAUGAAGCUUCGAAGCUCCGAGAAGCUCCUUCCGAUCCCACUCUUCUGCAUUGUGGCCACAGCGUUGCUGUGGGCCGCCUCGCUGUACUUUUUCUUCCAGAAUCUCAGCAGCUGGGAGGGCACCCCAGCUGAAUCCCGGGAGAAGAACCGAGAGUGUAUCCUGCUGGAUUUCUUUGAUGACCAUGACAUCUGGCACUUCCUCUCUGCCACUGCUCUGUUCUUCUCAUUCUUGGUUUUGUUAACCUUGGAUGAUGACCUAGAUGUGGUCCGGAGAGACCAGAUCCCUGUCUUCUGAGCCUCCAGCUUUAAGAGAGGGAGAGGGAGCAGUCGAUCUUGGUGCUGUUUCAUGAAAAUACAGGGACUGCAGCAAGUCACCACUGCCAAAUGCUCCACUCCCCCUCUGUCAAGUCAGUUCUGUGCGCAUUUCCCCAGGAAGGUGAGGGGCUGGAGGGAGACUCAAGCCUUCAAGCAGGGCAGCAGAGGAGAAGCCAUGGGUAUGGCCAAAGGCAAGCCCUGAAGAGUCAAGGGACUCCCAUCCCCUGUCGUGUACAGCCCUGACAUGGACAAAAGCUGCAUCCGAGUCAACUCAUUGUCUUGGGACCCCUCCCACCCUCACGAGAUUUACCAGCUAGGGGGAGCGACACUGCCCUCUUCAUCCAGCUGCCUCCAAGCCCAGAGAGGCCAGCAGCUUGGGUCUCCUGCUCAGACUUGAGGUGACCCCUCUGCACCUCCACAUCUGUUGCUCUACACAUCCCAGAGCACCAGCUUGCUCCUCCGAGGUCCAGGGAUGACAGGGAAUCCUCAGAGUCCGGUGGAGGGCUGAACCCAACCCCCUACCCAACUGGGAUAGUUCUUUUAGUAGGACCAGCUAAUCACCUCCUUGGAAGGAAUGCUGUAUGUGCCCCCAGGCUCCUGACCCCAUUAGAAGGGCUCUGGAUUGGACUUUGUCGCACAGUUGUCCUCACAGGUGACUGUCUCUGGGCCCAAGUCUUGGGUGCUUACCUACUUCUGUGUCUUCAUCUCACUGCUGUGUGUUGACCCCACAACUCAGGCUCUUCUCUCUCGGGAAGGCUCUGUUACCCCAUCAGCUCCAAGGCAGAAGGGGAAACAGGAAAAACUCUUCUAGCAGCAGGAACGAGAGGAUUGACAGGCCGAGAGACUGGUGACAUCGGCAUCAAGAAAAUAGACCUCACCCUAAGGACGUGGGCUCCUGGGGCAAAUGCAGCAAAGACGAAAUUGCUUUCUCGUGCCUCCAAUUCAGACAGCUAAAUUCUGGGCCCACCUCUCCUGUGGGGAAUAAAUCAUUGCUCUAACCAGGGGCACUGCACUGGGGGUCCUCCACCACCAACUAAACUCCCUGUCACUUUCUGCAGAUCAGGGGCUCCAGGUUUUCUCCCCGGAGUUCUCUAGAAAUAAUUCUUGGGGUGAACUCGUUUUACUCAUCCUCCCUGAGUUGCAAAGAGCAAGCUGAUUGAGGACUGCCUUUUGUUUGCACCUGAUUUUCAUUCUCUCCCAGCAAGAUGUGACAGAGCUCAGCCACCUACUUCUCUCACACCGUCCGGCAAUUCUGCCCCUGACGAGUCCCAUCUGGACCAAGCACCCUCAUUACCUGUAGUAAGAUGUAAUCAGAAAAUAGACAUACAAAUGUGUACCCCAUAUAUAUUUGCCUGUGAAACUGAAGUCACCUAUACCCCCUGCUUUCUUGAUCAUUCAUUAGAGAAAUGGAUUAGGUGUCCUUUAAAAAAAAAAUUAUUCUGUCUCUAAAAUAUUUGCAUAAAGGCCAAAAAUCACAUUUUGGAAGUUUGAAAAGUUUAACAAUGCAAAGAUGCUUUUGAUGGAACUUUCUGUGAUUUGCUUUUCCUAAAAUAGCCCCAAAUUCAUAUUUGUUUUCUGCUUUUCUUUAUUCCUUAAAAACUGUUGGCUUCCAGAGGCCAUAUGAAGACCACUUAUUUAAUGGUGGUGUUAGUCUAACAUCUGAAACAAAUCUCAAAUCUGUUUAACUAUGGUGUAUUUGACCUAAUUCUUUUAUUUUAAUGGAUGGUUUAAAAAAAAAAAACAAAAGAUGCACUAAGAAAAUGUGGACGUAGUCUGUUCGAGUGGCCCUGUGACCCAAAGUGAAUAAAUUGUGAGAUGCA